AUGGAUUUAUUAUAUUCAAAGAAAAAAUUUAAUACACAAAUUAUAAUGACAUAUGAUAUUUCUACAGAAAGUUGUUGUGAAACUAUAUUACUUCUUACAGAAUGUUUUCAAACAAUUAAACAAACAAUGAUAGAUAAAAUUAAUUUACUUAAACCAAUUAAACCAAUUAUUGAUUCAUUAGCUAACUAUCUUCGUUCUAAAUCACAAGAAUCCAAUAUUAAAUAUAUAUUUAGAGAUAUUCUCUUUUUACUUAUUUCAUAUUCCUUAAAAGAACGUUGUGAAUUAGGUAAAGAAUUUGAUUCAGAUCUCAGUAGUGAAGAAUGGGAUAAAGUUGGAUUUAUUGCGGAAAUUUUAAUUUCAUUCCAUACAAAUAAACAACCAUUUUUAAAUAUUCUUGCUUCUUGUCUUUAUGAAGAAGUAUUUAUUAACAAUUUAUAUGAUAAUUUUUCUGGAAUGGACAAUAAUUUAUUAUCUCAAUUGUCAUUUACUGAAGAUGAUGAAAUUGAACAAAAAAUUAUUUCACUUCUUCAAAUAUAUUAUUGUCCAAUAUCAAUGUCAUUAUCCCCUCAAAUGAAACACGAAUUACGUAAAAUAAUUCAUCUUCCUGAAUUAAUUGAAAAUAUAUCAUUUGAUACAAAAAAAUUGUAUUAUGAGUUUGACCAAACAACAAUCCUUAAUACUAAAACAUUAUUAACUCAUUUACAUGAGCUUGAAGAAAAAAGAAAAGAAGUAACAAUAUUGAAGUGUCAACAUGAAUAUAAAUUUGAUGAACUAUAUAUAAAAAGGAAAAAUAAUAAAAGUCUCAAAGCAAAACUUAUUCAACUCAAACAACUUAAUGGAAUGCCUCCAACAAGAGUUGAAUCAAUCCUUGCAGAGUCAGUUAAAAGUGAAUCAUAUUCACCUACAAGAGAUAGGUCUACAUCAAAAACAAGUUCUAGCUCACAAAACCAAUUACGAAUUUUUAUAAAUUAUUGUGAAGAUACACAUGAACCAAAACAACAACAAACUCAAGUAAAAUCACAACAACUUUAUCCAGUCUUAUCAAGAUCUAAUCCAACAACUCCAAGUCAUAAAAAAUCAAGAAAAAGUUCAAUUGUUGAUGCUUUUAAAAAAUUUUCCAAGAAAUAA